UUCUGCUUCUGCAUUUCCUAUUGCACAGUUUGUUUUCAAAAGGAAACAAGUGAGCUCCUUCUGUCUUUCCAAAGACACACACACAAACACACUUUGUUAUUUGCCUGCAGGAAGCCAUACUAACGGACACAGGACAGUUACAAUUUGCAGUCAUGUUUUCGCCUGAUGGACAAACUGCUGGUGUAUGCUUCUAACUGACAAGAUGGCUCUAUCAGACUUCACAGGGCUGUGGUGAGGAUAAAAUGAGAUGAAGGAAAACUAUGUGUGCCCUCCUGAGCUCAUUGGAGGAAUGGAAAGGUUCCUUGCUGUUUGAAAAGGAUGUUACAAAGAAUAUGGUAUCAGAAAUCAUCAUACCCAGUUGUACCAACCAGCUUCUGGAUCACGAGGCCUCCUACGAAUGUUCUUUGAAUCCCUGCAUGGAAUGCGUGUUGGCAUGCCGUCGGAGCCCUCGGCUUCUUACAAAUGGCUAUUACAUACUCAGUGAGGAUAGUUUCCUCUUCGAUGAAGAUGGCAAUGUCACACUGAGCCCAUCACAAAUAAAUGUUACUUAUAAAGAGAAAUUAGUUAGAAUAUUCCGGAAGAGAAAGAGAAUCCGGCGCUCCCUAGUGAGUUUGUUCAAUAGGGGUACCUCUAAAUCAUGGCUGAACAGCACCAUGGUAGACUUACCUCCUGGAGAGGAUACUUGGUUUGAAGGAGACAGUAAAAUGGACGAAAGCCAGUGUUCUGAUAAUGGUACUGUUGAUUUUGCUUUGGGACAGGCCGCUGAGAAAGCAGAAGGCAACAGGAAAACCCCAAACACACCCUCUCCUGCAACAGAAUUUUUCACAGUAAGAAACGACCUUUUCCCCAUGCUCAUGCUGACCCUGUGUCUGAUGAUUUCUCUUGGUUUAAGAUUCUUUCUGGGAGAACUAUUUACUGCUCUGCUGGCCUGCUCACUCUUGAUCAUCGUUUUAAUUUGCAAGCAAAAAUUCUCUUUAUCCUCCAUAAAUGAGAAUUUAUCAUAUUGACGUCCAGUAUCCCAUUCUUCAGAAGAGAGGUGUAUAUAUACAUAUAUAUACAUGUAUAUAUAAUUUCAUCUUUAGAGAAACAGAUUUCAAUUUUU